AUGACAUUACCCUUGUUGUGUGAGUUCCUUCGUCUGGGAACGUUAAAUUCGCGCGAGUUGGCGUACUGGUGUUUUCAGCACCACCGACAGCAACCUUCUUCGGAUCCCAAUACCGAGGCGUCUCAACAGGCCACCGAGGAGGAGAUCCAGGCCUUUCUGGAUUCCGUCCAAGGCCUUUUGGCGGGUCUUCACGAGGACCCUUCUGGGGCUACUAAUCGAUCGCCCUUGGAAGAAAAGGCUCGCGAGGUGAACCUUCUUUUAUCCCCUUCUCUUCCUUUGCGGAGGUGCGCCGGGGUGGGGGAGGAGGAAUAUGUCCUGCACCAGGCGGUUAUGCAGGAGUUCGCCGCGGUGCGGAUUCUGGCCAAACUACGCUUUGCGAGGUCAACAAAGCGGCCAUCCGACGGCGCGCGCGGUGCGGUUUCGUUUUCUCUGGCCCUUCAGGUCCCGGAGGGGAUGGCAAACCGGGAUUUGCACCUGGAGGCCAUUCGUGAGAUGACCAUGGGGCUUCGCGAUGGGUUUUUGUACGUUUUGCGCCGUAUGCACUAUCCUCACACGAUCUUUAUCGGCCCGGAUAGGGGGUAUGAGCCGGUCUUGGCGCCGAUGGCCUCGGAGGCCGAGAGGGCGCCGGACGAUGAGUACGAGGUGGUUAAAGCGGAAGCCCCGGAUCCCGUUUCCUCCAUGCUGCCGGUUAGAGAAGUUCGGCGUCGUGAGCGGCAUCUUCAUAAAUUGCGUCGUAGGCUGAAUGCGAAUGGCAUUACCAUUGAUGAGGCCCCUUCGAAUGAUUGGAUGUGGACGUUGCCUUACGCCCGUCGUGGCCGCUGA